AUGAUUAAUAGUCCAUUACUUGAUUUAUUAUUCAAUACAACUAUUAAAAUGAAGAAAUCGGAUGAAAUUAAUAUUAAUUUUACAAUGUUAUUAAAUAUUAUUCAAUCCGAGUUUCUUGCUGCACAUCAUGAUUAUAUAGAAAAAUUUCAAGUUAUUGAACUUCAACAAGAAUUAACAGCAAUACAAACACAUUUAACUCGUUUUCUUUUCUCCGAUUGUCUUGAAUAUAUGUGA